ACAAACCUAUGUGGAAGACAUACAGCAAAAGCUUAAGGACGAAGGAAUUGACCCGAAAGCCUCAGCAGAUGAACAGCUUUGUUAUGUUUGGAGCCUGUUUCUGCGCAGUCGAGAGAAGUUGCACUCGGCCACCAGUGAGUUAGAACAACUCAGGCAACAGCAAGUGGAAGAGAUGAGGGAGGUGGAAAACUACGUGGGCCAUGUCCGCUACUUGACACAGGCACGAGAUGCUGUUGCUACUGAAGUUGAGAAAGAAAACGAGCAGCUCAGAAUGGGAUUUAUACAACUGCAGCUUGAGCAUGAAUCACAGCAGAAGGAAGUGGAAGAAAUGCUGGAGCAGGAAGGCUUGCUGGAUAUAGCCCGCAGCAGUCCCAGCGAGCAGAUUGCCUAUUUGCUGGUCGAAAGAAGUGCAUUGCUGGAGAAACUGGAGGGGAUGGCGCAAAAGCUGGGACCCCCUGGCUGUUUAGAAAGCCUUUGUACUGUGCAGCUUCAGGACGAAUCGGAUAACAGCCAUCAGACGUUGGAAGAUGAGCUUCAGCAGCAGUGUGAAUCCAUGCAUCGCACCAGGGAGACCGUGAACAGAUCUCACGAUGAAGAACUGGCGAGAGAGAGAGCCCUGCGUGAGCGUGCAGAGGAAAACCUGGAUGAAGCUGUGCGCAGGCUGCAGGUGGCUCACAGAGAGAUCCAGAGGCUGACGAAGGAGCGGGACAUGCAGAAGAAAGAGCAGGGGGCACUGGCUCCACCGGUGGCUGUGACAGUGAAAGAAGAGAUGAGUAAAGAGAAAGAAAGUGAAGCUUCGGAGCUGCAGAAGGCCAAAGAGCAUAACCUCCGACUGGACAAAGAGAUCCUGGCUCUACGCGACAGAGUCCGAUUUCUCGAUUCUGAGAGGAAAGCCAUGUUGGGUCAGGUUGAAAAGCUCAAAGAGGAGAUUCCAGAGUCUCGGGAGACUGAGGAGGAGCCAGGGCAUUCACGUAAUGAAAUGAAUGAUGCUGAAGACUCUGAGGGCUCCUUGUUGCAGGGCAAAAAGGAAGCGAUGAAGGCUGAAGAGGGCAACAAGUUGGAGGAAGCCACCUCAAAUGAUGAAGGAACAUCUGAGAUGAAGGAGAUCCUUCACAAAAGGUGCCGCAGAACCAUCGAAGAGAUUGAGCGUCGCAACUCCCAGCUGCAGCACAAACUGAGCAAGCUGGAGCGUGAGCACGAGGACUUGGUUGAGCGGAACGAGGUGCUGGAAUCCCUUCUGGGGGGGAUGCAGAACAAAAGCAGAGAAGAUCGGCAACACUUUGAGCGUGAGGUUGGCGGGCUGCAGGACGAGAUCUUACAUUUAGAGGCAGAGUUACGUGAAGCACAGAAGAUCAUAAAGGCUGAGACAGAGGGAGAUACAGCUGGAGGAAUGCAGGAUCACCAAGAGAUGCUGAGAAUUCAACAGGAGAAGAUUGAAGUGCUGGAAAGUAAACUGUCCGAGGAGAUGGAGUGGAGAAAACAGCUGGCCCUUGACCUUGAAAUGACGCAACAAAUAUUGAAAGAGGAGAAGAAGGAGCUGGACCACUCAAGGUUGGGACUUCUCCAACUCCAUAGUGAACACCAGAUGCUUCAGGAGGCAGCAGAAACCCAUGAGAAACUGCGGCAAGAGAAUUCUCUGCUGGAACGUAAGGUAUCAGAGCUAUAUCAAGAAUGCCAGGAGUUAAAAGGACUUAUCGCGGAACAAAAAGACACUAGUGAAACACUUCUGACGAACGGAAGAACAUCCUCAGAGCUGCUUCCUAAAGAAGGGGCUUUGGAAGAUCAAAUCGACAGCUUGGGAGAAGAAAAGGAGCAGCUAUGCGUCAAAUUAUCAGACAGCAAUAAGAAAAUAGAGGAACUUGAGAAGCAGGUAAAAGGGAGUGAUGAAGAAAAACAGCUCUUGUGGGAAGAAAAUGCCCAGCUGAGGAAAGAUGCCCUUGCUCUCCGGCAUCAGCUUAACAACGCUCUAAGGGGGAAAGAUGAAGCUGCUGCUGCAGAGAACUGGCCUCUCAAGCCACAGAAUCACACAUGGAAUACAGACAGUGAUAAAAAUCAGUGCCUGCCUGGCGAGAGACUCCUGUGGCAGCAACAACAAGAGGAAUUCCAGCAGCUCCGGCAAGAUUUCCAGAGGGUUCAGAACGUGUGCAGUUCAGCGGAGAAGGAGCUGAGGUACGAAAGGGAGAAGAACUUGGAGCUGAAGAAGCACAACAUCCUCCUCCAGCAAGAAAACAUCAAGAUCAAGGCUGAAUUGAGGCAAGUGCAGCUGAAACUCUCUGACUCCUCCAAGAACUGUUCCUCCCUCACCUCUCGGUGGGAGCUCAGUCGGCAGAAGGUCAAAGAACUGGAGCUGGAGUUACUGAAACAUUCUCAAGCCAUUAAACAGCAGAGUAGCUUGCAAGAGAAACUAACGCAAGAGAAAAUCAAAGCUGCCGAGGCAGAGAACAGGAUUCUGGAGCUGCAGCAGAAGCUGAAGGAGUCCAACCAUCAGGUGCAUCUCUCUGAAGCACACAUCGUGGGGCAGAAGCAGCUGGAACAGGAACUGAAGGAGGCCAGAGAAAAGGAAGUUAAGGCACAGCGGCAAUUUCAAGAGGAGCAGCGGAUAAGGAAGCUCUUGGAUCAGCAGACAGAAGAUCUCAAGCAGCAACUGAGACACUCCCUAGAGAAAGAGACACAGCUCACCAGGACGUUUGCCAAGAUGCAGGUCCAGUGCCAGCAGCAGGAGGCACAGUUGCGGGUCUUGGAGGAAGAGAAGAAAACCCUCUCUAACGAGCAUCUGCACUGUCAAAAAUAUAGUCAGAAACUCUCGGAACAGCUGUUGGCAUUGCAACAGGAGAAGGAAGUCUUGCACAAGGAGUACAGUCACAUCCUGCAGCAGGUGGACCUCUCUGUCAGAAAACACAAUGAGAGGCAUCUCCGCCACAAAGCCAAGCUCCGAAAAGCGAAGGAGGCGUUCAUCUGCGAAGUGAAACAGCGGGACACGUGCAUCAGAGAGCUCAAAAACGAAACGAUGCUGUCCAAGAGCCAGAUGGAAAAGGACCAGCAGCUGAUCAGACAGGUGACCGCAGAGAACGAGACCUUGCUACAAGAGAAAAGGGAGCUCUUGCAACAACUCCACGAGCAAGAAGAAGUCGAGCGGUGCAACAGGCUGGUCAUUUCCACAACCCAAAACAGAGUACGAUUCUUGGACGAAGAAAACAAGAAGCUCCAAGAACACACCCUGCAGCUGAGAAGUCACGUGGGCACCUUGGAGCGUGCCGUGCGAAAUAUUCACAACCACAGCUUAGAAGUAAGAACAACCGGCUCAAGUCCUGUCUGUGGCGGGACCCCACUCCCACCAUCCACUGGCAUGCCUCCUCUCACGCCACUAGGGGAACUGAAGACUGUCGGCUUCCCUGAAUGUCAGCUGCAAAGCAAAGUUCUGCCCCUCCCCAGCAUAAGGUAUGAAGUCCUUGGUUUGAAUCUCGCCUCUGCCAUGAACUCCAUCAGUAGCCUCGAGCAAGCAACUCCUGUUCAGCCACCACCUCGAAAAUGGGUAGGUAGAAAUGAUGCAGUUGAUUCAGUAGACCUGCUCGGCAAUCAUGGGACUGAUUUCUUUUCCAGCUUCUCUCCAGUGGGCCUGUUGGACUCGUUCAGCCUCCUGAAAGCCAUUCAGGGUGUCAGACCUGAGGACGCAGCAGAGAGCUCUCCACUCUCACCUUUGCCUUCCCAACCUUUGGAGAUUGGUUACCUAAAUGUAGCCUCUCCUGGCGAUACCACAGACUGCCACAAGGAGGAACAGGAGCAGCCCUCUUGCUCUGAUAACGGCUAAGGCCAGGGUGUCAAACUUACAACCUGCAGACCAGAACCGGCCCAUCCAGGGCU